UGUGUAUGACGUCACGUCCGACGCGCGGCGGAACUCGCCUCCUGUGCUUCCGCGGAGGGGCCGGAAGUAGAAGCGGCGGCGGCGGCGGCCCGGAGCGGAGGGAAGGAGGAAGGCGGGGAGCCCCGGAGCCGGAGCCGAAGUCGCAGCGGCGGAGGGCCCUGUGCGGCGCGGAGGGGCCGCGGCCCCGGCUCGGACCCGCCGGGGUGGGCCAUGGCGGAGAUCAGCGACCUGGACCGGCAGAUCGAGCAGCUGAGGCGCUGCGAGCUCAUCAAGGAGAGCGAAGUGAAGGCCCUGUGCGCCAAGGCCCGAGAGAUCCUGGUGGAGGAGAGCAACGUGCAGAGGGUGGACUCGCCGGUCACAGUAUGCGGUGACAUUCACGGACAAUUCUAUGACCUCAAGGAGCUGUUCAGAGUGGGUGGCGACGUCCCUGAGACCAACUACCUCUUCAUGGGGGACUUUGUGGAUCGUGGUUUCUACAGCGUGGAAACGUUCCUCCUGCUGCUGGCACUAAAGGUUCGCUAUCCUGAUCGAAUCACCCUGAUCCGGGGCAACCAUGAGAGCCGUCAGAUCACACAGGUCUAUGGCUUCUAUGAUGAGUGCCUGCGCAAAUACGGCUCGGUGACCGUGUGGCGCUACUGCACUGAGAUCUUUGACUACCUCAGCUUGUCCGCCAUCAUCGAUGGCAAGAUCUUCUGCGUGCACGGGGGCCUCUCCCCCUCCAUCCAGACCCUUGACCAGAUCCGGACGAUUGACCGAAAGCAGGAGGUGCCUCAUGACGGGCCCAUGUGUGACCUGCUCUGGUCUGACCCUGAAGACACGACCGGCUGGGGUGUGAGCCCCCGAGGGGCUGGCUACCUAUUUGGCAGUGACGUGGUGGCUCAGUUCAAUGCAGCCAACGACAUUGACAUGAUCUGCCGUGCCCACCAACUGGUGAUGGAAGGUUACAAGUGGCACUUCAAUGAGACUGUGCUCACUGUGUGGUCGGCACCCAACUACUGCUACCGCUGUGGGAAUGUGGCAGCCAUCUUGGAGCUGGAUGAGCAUCUCCAGAAAGAUUUCAUCAUCUUUGAGGCUGCUCCCCAAGAGACGCGGGGCAUCCCCUCCAAGAAGCCCGUGGCCGACUACUUCCUGUGACCCCUUUGGCUCUGCCCCCCAGUCCCGCUGGCCCUUGGACCACUGUGACUCUACCCUCUUCUCCAGCGGGAGGCUGGGCAUGGGGGGCCGUCCCCUGCUCGCUCUCCCUCAGAGAGGGCACUCGGAGGGUGAGGACUAUCUCUGGAGAGGCUCCUCUCCUCUCUCCCCACCUGAACCAUGAAGUUUCCAGUAAUUUUUGUUUUUCUUUUUUUCAUUUUUUUUGGUUUGUUUUUAGAUAAAAAUUUUGAGAAAAAGAAAAAAUUCUAAUAGAAGAACUACAGUCUUUGGAUUUGUGUCAGACUUGAUUGGGGAUGAGUAGUGCUGCUGCCUGGGACCGGGGAUGGACCCACCAGGAAGGUGAGGCGAGGUCAGCUCACUUCCCAGAGCCUCCGAUCCAUCCUGAGAGUGACCGCUCCUGAGCGAGGUAGAGGGCCAGGCUCUCAGACGCCUGUUUAAUUCUCAGAACAGUGAGUGUCAGGACGUUGCUUCCCCCGUUUUUCUGAAGAGGAACCAGGCCCAGAGCGAGUGGAUUUGCACACACAGAACCAAGCAGCUGGAAAUGGCAAGUCUAGAUCAGGGGCCGGGGUCUCCCC